UCCCAGAAAUGCAGAAAUCUUUUCUCACACCACUUCUAGCUGACUUCCUCGUCCGGCCGCCGCGGGACUCAGAGCUACUCUUCAGUUUGCUUUUUGCUCCAGUUACCUCACUAACCUCCUCGGCCCCCCCAUCAUGCUUUUCCAGCGUUUUCUCCUAACCGGAGCUCUGCUCUCAUUGGCUGUACCCCCGCUGGUCGCCAUGGAGACGUGUCCAUCAACAGGAAUGCCAGGACUUCCAGGUAUUCCCGGAGUUCCUGGUAGAGAUGGUCGUGAUGGAGAGAAAGGAGAAAAAGGAGAUCCAGGAGCAGAAUGGCGCGGUGGCCACGGGCCUCAGAAGGGCCUGAAAGGUGAACCGGGGCUGUUGGGACAUGCUGGCAAACGAGGUCAGUCAGGGGAGCCAGGAGAACCAGGCAUUUCAGGGAUUCCCGGGCCUCCAGGGGAGCCAGGAGAAGCUGGGUCUGCUGCAGCUCAGCAGAAGGCUGCCUUCAGCGUGGCCAGAGGGACCACAGAGUUUCCAGACAAAGCCAGCGUCAUUCGGUUCACCAAAGUCAUAACUAACAUCCAGAGUGACUACGAUCCAGAAACGGGACACUUCAGGUGUCGGGUCCCAGGGAUGUACUACUUUGUGUUUCACGCUACUCUGGGGGAAAAACUCUGCGUGCUGAUGAAGCUCGACAACAAUCUGCUGACAUCUUUUUGUGAUCUUCGUCGCAGGAAACAGGUGACUUCAGGCGGUUUGGCAGUCUACGUGUCACAGGGUCAGGAGGUUUGGCUGGAGACCAAAGACCACCGAGGGAUGACAGCGAACGAGAAUGGUUACAGCAUCUUCUCUGGGUUUCUGCUUCACCCUUAUUGAUGUGUAAGAUGGAAGGUCUGCUAGAGUUUGAUAGCAUAAUGACUCUGUAAAAGUGUGUGUUACUUUUCUUCUUUGUGUUAGUGUUUGUAACAAGGUGUCCUCUUAUUCAAUUUUACUGAAAAGCCAAACUGAGACAUUCGGGAAUUGCAAUGUCAAUUGCUGCAAAUGAUCAGAUGUGUCAAAUUUUAAAAGUAUCUGCCAUUUCAGCUUUAAGUGAUUUAUUCAGUUGGAUGUAUUAACUCUAGGUCACCAAUAAAAUUAUUUUCUGCUAAAGCCAAA